GCAAGUUCUGGGAGCCCUCACAGAUUGCACAUUUUGGCUUAUGGAGCAGGCAUCAUCAUCCUCCGGGCAAUGACUGUUGUACUCACCGCCAACAUAAAGUUGAGAGAAGAUCUGGAGAUAGAGUGGGAGUGCAAAAACAACUUGACCGGCGACCCAUUUGCAGAUGGCAGUUUGCCACACGACGCCAGCUUCGAGCUUUUCAGUGAGAAGCUGGGUAAGCGGAUUGCAGCAGUCAUUUUCAAAGGGAAAGAGGGCAGUCCCAGGAAAGUCAAUCCCUGGGAACUGGUGCUUGAUGUGAUCCCUGCGGGCAGUGAGGUGAUUCUGCACAUCACCGGGCCAUGCUACCCUUACAAUCAACGUUACAAGUUGACCGGCGACCCAUUUGCAGAUGGCAGUUUGCCACACGACGCCAGCUUCGAGCUUUUCAGUGAGAAGCUGGGUAAGCGGAUUGCAGCAGUCAUUUUCAAAGGGAAAGAGGGCAGUCCCAGGAAAGUCAAUCCCUGGGAACUGGUGCUUGAUGUGAUCCCUGCGGGCAGUGAGGUGAUUCUGCACAUCACCGGGCCAUACUACCCUUACAAUCAACGUUACCAGUUGGCGAGGCAGGUGUAUGAAGCUUAUGAACGCGGUGCCUUCAACCCGAAGUCGGAGGCUUUAGACCUAAAUUGGAGGGAAGCCCCGGUUGACCUGGGACAGUUUGAGCUGAACAUCCAGACGCAUAUCGGCGACAGCGCGCCUGCUCAUGUUCGGGAGCAUUUUUUGGAAGCGCUGCAGAAGCAAGUAUCAGAAGGAGAGACAUGGAACUAUCUCAAUCUCCCAUUGCUGCAAAACCUCGACCCGGGGCUGAAGACGUUGAAGCAUUGUUGGACCCAAACCGCUGUGGAGCAGGCAGCUUUUUCUGCAAUGUGUCCCGUGUCAGUUCGCCCGCCCAUCACCUUUUAUUUUGUCAAGAAUGACCGGGGAAACAAUAUCGGGAUAGACCUGCCGUCCCCCGAUGGAUCGUGGCCGGCGUCGAUGCAGAGAAAUCGCAACUUGCAGAAUUCACUGAGCUUAGAUGAUCUUCGCCCCCGUGACCCGAGCAAGAUGGCAGGUGUCAGAUUUCAGCAAAUAGUGCGCUCCAUGGAAAGCUCUCCAGAGUUGUUGGCUGAUCAGAAGUUCCAGGAGUUCAAUCCUUCUGACUUUGAACCCUAUCAACUCUUGCAGCUGCUGCACGUCCAAUUCCGCCUCGCUCUUGGAUUUCCAGCCCUUGUGGAGGAGGGCUUCAACCCAAAGCUGGCAUGCGUCUUGGCUCAGAUGCUGAGAUUGGAGUUCGAUGGAAACAGGCUGAAAGAUGCGAAAGAUGCGAGAGGCUCUUUGUUGCUUCUCACCCUGGAGCAAAAGCCCUCAGAGUCGCAGGAGGAGCUGUGGGAACGCGUGCAGUCCAAGUGUCACAGCCCAGAGGACCUCCACAAACCCGUGAAGUUUAUUGUUGAGCUGAAGGCGCCGGCCAAGGAGCCGAAGGGUGAGCUUUCCGAGAAGGCAAAGUCCGAUUCUGCGAAGGACACGGAGCUGCAAAGCAGCCAAGCGGAGGUGCCUGCAUGGGCACCUGCGUUCGGAUUGGACGUUCACACCCCAGCAAUCUGCAGAAGUUACAUCGCGCAGCACGAUGCCGCGGGAGCCGAAGAGUUUGAUCCCUGGGCAGUGUUGAAGGAACAUGUGCUCAGAGAGGGCAGGCCUGAGAACUGGCUACAAUGCUUUACAAACGACAUGAUGACACUGCAGAUAUGCACGAGUCCCUUCAGCACAGUUCAUGUUCAGGCAGUUGGGAUUCUCUCCCAACCUCAGGGGUUGCGGGUCCACCUGGACCAAGAACCCAUAGCAUGUUUGGAUGCCAAGAAUGCCGCAGCUGGCCUAUACCGUGGGACUCAUGCAUCAUACUUCAGCCAGUCCUUCAGCUUCAGAGCACCCAUUCAGCCUGGUACCUACAUGCUGUCAGUGAGCCCGACACCCAUCGAGUGCGCACUGGCCCGCUUUAAGUUUUUCUUUGCCUGGCUGGUUGUUGAUGACGCACCGGAAAGGUUGGCGGAGGUAGCACAGGAAGUCAACAGUGGGAUGCUAUCCGACGAGCUCAAGGAAUCCAUCGAGUCGCGCCGCAGAGUGUUUGCCGCAACCAGCAUGCAGGCGGUUUGCGGAUGCUCCAUGGAACAGCUGACCAAAAGGCCAGACUUUCAAGCACAGCUCGAGGAGUCCAUGCGAAGAUUUGGAGCGCCGGCUCUAAAAGUGGCAGUGCUGGGAACUUCAAGUGAGUGGAACAAGCAUGUACUGGCCUCUCUGAUGGGGGAUAGCUUGCCUGCACAGCUGCUUUCAGAUCCUCAGUGCUGCAGAGCGCGGUACAUAAACGAUCCGAUUGCAAGCCAACCCCAGCUGCAUCUCCGAAGAUAUGGCGUAGAGACGCAGAUAGACGGGCUAGAUUCAAUUGAGGCAGCCUUGGAGUUGGCAGAUCAUCCUGGGCCGACAGAUGACACAGAAGUGACAAUUAAGUUCAAUUUUUCGGCUGCCCAUCAGGGGAUGGAGAUUCUUCACUUGCCUAGAAUUACGUUUGCUAUCUGCAACGACACUAUUAAAAGUCAGCUGACACAAGACAUGCUCUUAGCGUAUACAUCAGAUGUUGUGUUUGUUACCUGUGAUCAAGCGACUGCAGUACAUGAGUUCAUGAAGUGGAAGCCGCAGAUCCUACAUCCCCGAUGCAUUGCUGUGCUCGGUCCCCCGCCUCCUGGUUUAGAAGCGGCAAAGGCUACGGGUCGCGUUGCAGAGGAAGUGCUUGCUUCCAAAGACGGGCUGCCCCACCGCUUGGGCCAAAUCAUCAGGGAGGCCGAGCAAAAAGCAAGGCAGAAAAGCUGGGACCCACGUCUGUGGAUCACUUUCCAGCACGCCCUGUAUGGCCACGUGGCGCAAUCCAAGCUCUUGCAGCACCAACAGGUGCAAACGCUGCACGCAGAGGUUUGCCCGCUGCUGAUCUUUCCACAGAGGCUUGCAAGGCUCCAGGAAUCACAGCUUCCAAAUGUGAAAGUGGCUGUUCUUGGAGGGAGCCCCUUGAAGGCAGCUUGGGUCAACACUUUGCUGGAAGAUGAGUUCCUUCCCGAGUCCGGUGAUGAGCUCAAGCGCUCUGUUUUUAUCAGCCACAAACCCAGUCCACGCACAAAGGUUUGCAGGGAAGCAAUCCAGGAGGCAUUCAAGAGGCACGUUGACAAUCGCUGCCCGUACCGGGUGGAGUUGCCGUUCGAGCGGAUGAUGCUGCCAUCCAUGUUGCAACGUAUCGAAGUAGUGAUUGCUCCAGAUAUGAAGCAAUCAGGAACACAUAGUGAUUUGAAGCUGGAUCAAUUCUAUGAUGCGGAAGCUCUCGCGGCCUUGCACCUGUCUGAUAUGAUCGUUUGCAUUGUUGAUUCCAGUAAGCCGUCAGAGUUUGAAAUGAUGAUGAGCAUCAUUGUUCCACACUUGGAGACGCCGCUAAACCAUGCGCAGCACCUCUACUGGGUGGAGGUUGGUGAUGAUCAUCUGGAGGCUCACCCCACAAACACACGAGCGUUGCCAGCCUUCAAACGAUUUGGAGGUGGUGUGAUUCAAGUAUCCAGGAAGAUGCUGCCACGGACGGGCUUCAAUUGGGUGACCGAGGCACUUUCGGAUCUUUUGGAGCAAACCGCCGCUCAGAGGCUUCUUGCGCACGCGGAUGGCUUGUACAACGAGAUUGCUGAUUUGUUGAAUCUGUUGACUCUUUUUAAAGCGGCUCGGACUGCCAAGAGGCAACCUGAGCAGUCCAAGAUGCUCAAGGAGAAGAUCUCCAAGAUUUCUGACCGAUUGCUCAGUAUUUCUGACACCUGCACGCAAGAUUUGGGAGACGCUGUAAAGGACCUGGCUCAAAGCCCAUGUGAGCUUUCAUAUCACAAACUGAAUCGCAUGAUCCAAGCCAUGCAGAAGCUCAAUACAUUUCUUCCAAGGACGUCAAUGCUGCAAGAAGUCACGUUCUUGUUGCAGGUGAGCCUCACGGAGAUAUCGGACUUGGAACGCAUGCACCGCAGGCUUUCUCGGCCGCUGCAGCAGAUUGAUUUGCUAUACUUUGAGCAGUGCGUGAGACACUCCUUGAAGUGCCGGCCAGAAGCGCUGAAAGACUUUGGCAAAAGGGAGGGGCUGCAGCUUCUCAAAGAAGAGUGGGAACUUUGCCAAAAGUUGCAGGAAGCAAGCCAGGCCCCAGCACAUGAGUCUUCAAUUCCACAAAUUCUGCACCACAUUCUGCAGAAGGUGAUGAGCCAAGAUUGCACUGGCCUGCUACUCACGGCAGAGAAGUUGGCGAACCUCAGGGCAGACAUUCUGGAGGCAGCUGUCCGACGAGGAGUUGCAAUCGAUCAAGGCAGCAUUUGGCUCCUGUCUCUUUCUAGAACUCCCCAAACGUUGAAAAGCAAGCUUGCGGACACGAUGCAAGAGUUGAAAGAAAGGACGAAGGCACCAGAAGAGAAGCUGAAGCAAUACGAUAGCCUGAUCAGCAAGUUCUCCAAGGGCUCCAAGUUCAUUUUUCUUGGGAUUGAUGAUAUGCUGCGCAUUUUCCCGGAGGAUGUUGCGGACAAAGAGCCGGUACCACAUCGUGCGUUCAACGACAUGUUGAAGAUUGCCGUGAUCCAAGAGGCGAGACAGCAGAAGGAGGCCCGACAAGAGUCACAGAAGAGUGGGGAGCAGAGUCAGCCUCGACCAGCCAGUGAUGCCGAGGAAGAUGGGUUUGGGGCUCUGCAGACCAGGCACGUCAUUUGCAGCCACGACUUCCUGGACGAAGUGUAUGGGAUUCUCUCAAACUUCCCAUGCCGGGAUCACCUGCGCAUCCGAAAUCGGAACUUGAUCGCGCUGAGCAGGGAUAUCAUGAAUUUGGAUUGAUUGGUCGGCCCAGCCUUUCUGGAUGUUCCUCUCAUUCUGCAAGGUGGACAUGUGGCCAGGGGCUUUUGAGAGUGGCAGGUAGACUCAGAGUCGAAUUUGAUGGGCAUUUCGUCUGUUAUCUUCACAUGCGGCAGGCAUUUCGCCUGCCUUUGGCGCACUGCCCUCUGGGUGUACGACAGUAUCGUACCUGCCCUUACCAAGGAUUGUACAGCGUUGGUUGCAAAACGUCCGCUGCCUUGCGUGGAGGAUUGCAGCCACCCUUUCAAGCCCUUGAAACCAUUUGAAGCUUGCCACA